CCAAGACCCAAAGAUUCAUCUUAUUCCCUCUUAUUCUUAUAUUUAUCUUUUUUUUUUGGAAAAUGAAGAAGAUGAAGAUCAACAUUAUAGAAUCAAUAAUGGUGAAACCAUCAAAGCCAACUCCUUCAAAGAUUCUAUGGAAUUCAAAUCUUGAUUUAAUAGUUGGAAGAAUCCAUCUUUUGACUGUUUAUUUCUACAAGCCUAAUAAUGGAUUAAUAUCCCAAAAUAAUACUAAUUUCUUUGAUUCAAAAAUUAUGAAAGAGGCUUUAAGCAAUGUUUUAGUUUCAUUUUAUCCAAUGGCUGGAAGAUUAAUAUUGGCUAAGGAUAAUAAUGAAGACGGAAAAAUAAUUGAAAUAAAUUGUAAUGGAGAAGGGGUAUUAUUUGUUGAAGCUCAAAGUGAUGAUACUUUUAUUGAUGAUUUUGGUGAUUUUGUUCCAAAUUUGGAGAUGAAGAAACUUAUUCCUAGUGUUGAUACUUGUGGUGACAUCUCUUCUUUUCCACUUGUCAUCUUUCAGGUUACUCAUUUUAAGUGUGGCGGAGUGUCCUUAGGUUGUGGAGUUUUCCACACAUUAUCUGAUGGUGUUUCGUCCAUUCAUUUCAUCAACACGUGGUCAAAAAUCACACGUGGACUCUCCGUUGCGGUCCCACCGUUCAUCGACCGGUCCCUCCUCCGUGCACGGGACCCACUGACCCCGGCCUUUAAACAUGUCGAGUAUCACCCUCCACCAACCCUAAAUAACGUCCACGAUCAAGUUAAUGGUCCAAAGUCCAGUACCACGGCCAUGUUUAAGAUCACAAGCGACCAACUAACCCUGCUCAGGACUAGGUCCGAGCACAAGGGUAGCACUUAUGAAGUCCUCGCGGCCCAUAUUUGGCGUUGCACGUGCAAAGCACGUGCCCUAGACGACGACCAAUUGACAAAGUUACAUGUUGCUACAGAUGGAAGGACAAGACUUUUUCCUCCCUUACCACAAGGCUAUUUAGGAAAUGUUGUCUUCACAGCUACACCAAUGGCCAAAUCUAGUGAAAUUCUAUCAGAACCAUUGACGAAAACUGCACGAAGAAUUCAUGAUACGUUGGCAAGAAUGAACGAUGAAUACUUAAGAUCCGCGAUAGAUUACCUCGAAUUAAUCACAGAUUUAUCUAAAUUAAUCCGAGGGCCAACGUAUUUUGCUAGUCCUAAUCUUAAUAUCAACAGUUGGACUAAGUUGCCUGUUCAUGAUUCAGAUUUCGGAUGGGGAAAGCCAAUUCAUAUGGGACCUGCUUGUAUAUUGUAUGAAGGGACAGUGUAUAUAUUGCCAAGUCCAAGUGAUGACAAGAAUUUGAGUUUGGCUGUGUGUUUAGAUGUUGAUCAUAUGCCACUUUUUGAGAAGUAUUUGUAUGAAUUUUGAUAAGUUUGGUCUUUGUAUUGUUCCAAUUUUAUCAAACAAGGCAGGAUUGCCUCUGUAUCGUUCCAAUUUUAUCAAAUGUUUCCGAAGGGACGGGGUAUGAUUAUCUCUAGAUUUGUUUUAAGUGUUCAUUAUUGUUUUUUUUGUUGGGGUGAAGGUUGGGGGGGGGGGGGUUAAGUUGUUUGUUUAUCCAAAUUCUUUCUGUUGAAUUGAUCAUGUAGUUGCUAAUGUCUUAAGGUUACUCAACUUGU